GAGAGAGAGAGAGAGAGAGGGGUAUAAAGAUAGAGUAAAAAGACGAUCACAUGCAGGUUUAUGUAUGUGUUGCCGGUUGUCUUGUGUGUAAAGUACCGGUGUUUGGAUGAUAUUGAAGGGAAGCAUGAGAAGCUGACACAGAUCUGCUCCAGCUAAGACCCAGGGGUAACUGGUUGAUUAUUCCCAUAGAAACAUUUGAAGCUGAUAAUGGGUCUCCUGACACAACUCCGACUGUUACUGUGGAAAAACUUUAUACUGCGGAGAAGACAGAAGGUUCGGUUGCUGGUGGAGUUAAUUUGGCCUCUGUUUCUGUUCUUCAUUCUUGUGUCGGUCAGAUCCACCAAUCAACCUGCUUACAAAAGACAGUGUCACUACCCCAAUAAGCCCCUCCCCUCGGCAGGUGUGUUGCCAUGGCUACAGGGCAUGCUGUGUAACAUACAGAACCCAUGUGUGGAUCAUCCGACGCCAGGUGAAGCACCAGGACAGGUGAACAACUUCAAUGACUCCAUACUCACAAAGGUUUUGAUUGAGGUUCAGUCACUCCUGGCAGACCCCGCCCUCUUUAGCAGCCUCAAACUGCUGUCCGGAGAUGUUGGCCAAUGGGAUUCCAUCCUGCAGAAUGCCAAUCCAGACAGAGGUCAAUCCAUUCCACUGCGCAGUCUGCUAAGAAGCAACGAGACGUUUUCAGAAUAUCUGAUGAACAGCUUGUCCGUGCCAAACACAACAGCCGCAAACCUGAUGAGGGUGAAGGUUCGACUCGGACAGAUCCCUGCGCUGUCAGGUGGGGGUGAUUUGCGCUCUGUGCUCUGCAGCGCAUCUGUUGACCGCAUCCUGGAGUUUAAUUCUGUCUCUCAAAAAGAAGAGUUCAACAACGUCACAUGUUCAUUGACAGCCGAUCAACUUCGCACAACCUCACAGGUUUUCUCGCAGAACCUCGACAACAUGAAACUAUUAGCAGCUCUUCCAUUAGCGCUGGAUCUGAACCGGUUCGAGGUGGCCACACUUAUGACUCAAACCAGCGGUCACAUCUCUCCGCUGAUGGCUGGGAUAUCUAGUUUCCAGACUUCAGCACUGCUGAGUGUGGCAGAUUCUUUAGAAUUCCAGUCGGAUCCGUUAGGCAGCUUCAGUAUGCUGAUGUGUGGAUCAGGCUUUAACUCGACGUCCAACCAUACCAGCAGAUCAGUCGUCACAACUGAGUCACUCAACUCAAACCAGCAAAACAUACGUGCUGCAACAGCUGAGAACUCCAACACAACCAACACGAACGGCACAGGUGAUUUCUGUAAAAAUCUGACGGACACACUGGAGAGUUCGUCCGCCAUGCGGCUGUUCUGGAGAACCUUCCGUCCCUUCCUGCAGGGAAAAAUCCUUUAUGCUCCUGACACAAACGUUACGCAGAGAAUCAUUUCAGAGGCCAACCGUACGUUUGACGCUCUGGCUAAAGUGGGCGAUCUGGCAGAGGCGUGGCUUCAAAACAAAAACGAGAUCUGGGAUUUCUUCAACAACAGCAUGCAGAUCAACACGCUGAGGGUUCUUUUGAAGAACCCCGUGUUUGCAGUAGUUCUCGACCAAUGGCUUGAGGGAACCAGGCUCUCCACAGCGCUAAUCUCCAACUUCCUGUUUAAUGGUCCAGAGUCGGAGCGUCUUCCAGGAAUGGCACCAUUUGAUUGGAGGACCGUCUUCAAUGCCACCAACCAGGUGGCAGAACAGCUCACUCAGAUUUUAGAGUGUUUUGAUCUGGAUAAGUUUGAAGGUGUCAGCAGCGAGCCUCUGCUGGUCGAACAUGCUCUGAAACUCUUGAAUCAGGACGGGUUCUGGGCUGGAGUGGUUUUCACGGAUCUCUACGCGAACAGUAAUGACCCCAGUGACCACCAGCCACCAACGCACAUCAAAUACAAGAUCCGCAUGGACAUUGAAGACACAGAGAGGACAGACAAAAUCAAGGAGAGGUCCUGGUCCCCGUCAGCCCGUGAUAACCCCUUUAAUGACCUGCGGUAUGUGAGAGGGGGGUUUGUGUACCUGCAGGACAUGUUGGAUCGUGGAAUCAUUCGGGUCCAGACCGGAAUCAGCCAGCCACUCGGAGUAUACGCACAACAGAUGCCCUACCCAUGCUAUGUUGACGAUGUUUUCGUUUCAUCCAUUGCCACCAUCUUGCCCAUGUUCCUGGUGCUGGCGUUUGUGUACACCGCCUCCCAAACCAUCAAGGGUUUAGUUCUGGAGAAGGAGCUUCGGCUGAAGGAGGUUCUGAGAGUUGUCGGGGUUCGGAACACAGCAGUCUGGUUCUGCUGGUUUAUAGAAAACAUGUUUCUGCUGACAAUCCCAUGUGCUUUGAUUAGUGUAAUGGUGAAGUAUGGAAAGGUUUUGAGAUACAGUGACCCUUCGGUGAUCUUUGUCUUCCUGCUGGUCUUCUGCGUGGCCACCGUCAUGCAGUGCUUUUUCAUAAGUGUGUUUUUCUCUCGGGCGAACCUGGCGGCCGCCUGUGGGGGUCUCAUCUAUUUCCUCCUCUACCUGCCUCAUGUCCUGUGCUACGCCUGGAGGGAUGUCUUGGGCUUCGGCACCAAGCUCGCCACGAGUCUGCUGUCAUGUGUGGCCUUUGGAUACGGUUGUGAGAACUUCGCCCGGUAUGAAGAGCAGGGCAUCGGAAUUCAGUGGAGCAACAUCUGGGUGAGUCCGCAGGAGAAAGACCCCUUUUCCUUCAUCGUUUCCAUCUUCAUGAUGCUGUUAGACGCGUUGAUCUACUGGAUACUCACCUGGUACAUUGAGAACGUCUUCCCUGGGCAGUAUGGUAUUUCAAAGCCAUGGUAUUUUCCCUUUACUUCCUCGUACUGGUGUGGAACUCCAGUGGGUUCUGAUGCAGAACCCGACCCUCUCAAAGAACUGGAGGAGCAGAAAGAAUACCUGGAGAAGCCUCCGGCAGGCAUGAAGGUCGGCGUGUGCAUCCGUAACCUGGUGAAGGUGUAUAAGACAGGAAAUAAACUGGCCGUGGAUGGACUCAGUCUGGACUUCUAUCAGGAUCACAUCACAUCAUUUCUGGGACACAACGGUGCCGGAAAAACAACAACCAUGUCAAUUCUGACAGGCCUCUUUGCUCCUACCUCUGGUACAGCGUAUGUUAAUGGAUAUGACAUCCGCACAGACAUGGACACAAUCAGGAAACAUUUGGGAAUGUGUCCACAACACAAUGUCCUCUUCAACGAUUUGACAGUGGAGGAACACAUUUAUUUCUACGCCCGUCUGAAGGGGCGGAGCUCUAAAGAGGUGCAGAAGGAAAUUGACCAGUUGAUAAAUGAUGUGGGUCUGCCUCACAAACGCAAAGAUCUUGCCAAGAACCUCUCAGGUGGAAUGCAGAGGAAGUUGUCUGUUGCGAUAGCGUUUGUGGGUGGGUCCAAUGUUGUGAUUCUGGAUGAGCCGACUGCCGGAGUGGAUCCAUAUGCACGCAGAGGCAUCUGGGAAUUGCUGCUCAAAUAUAAAAAGGGUCGCACUAUAAUCUUGUCUACCCAUCACAUGGAUGAGGCGGAUAUUCUGGGCGACCGCAUUGCCAUCAUCUCUCACGGCCGAGUCUGCUGCUGCGGUUCUUCUUUCUUCCUCAAGAAAACGUACGGCAGAGGCUAUUACCUCACCGUCGCGCGGGCCAAACAAGAACAAGUGACAUCACAGUCCACCCCCAAAUCUGAAGAGUGUGAUAAAUCAAGUGUCGACGAGGGAAUUGGUGGCGACAGCAUUAGCAGUCUGGACACAUCAGAUUUGGCAGAUUUGACUCGGCUGGUGCAACGGCACGUGCCAGAGGUGGAGUUUCUGGAGGUCAUAGGUCAAGAACUCGUGUUUUUAUUGCCGUACACGAGUGCCACAGACGGCAGCUUCGCCUCUCUUUUUAAAGAGUUGGACCUGGAGCAAAAAGCUCUGGGCAUCACCAGCUACGGGAUUUCAGACACCAGCCUGGAAGAGAUCUUUCUAAAGGUGGCUAAAGAUACAGGUGUUGACGUGGGAUCUCAUGAUAAGACUGUGACUCUUGAAGAAACGCACAGAAGCCUCUCAAGGAUAUCAGGAAUACAGACCAUCAACUCUGCACUGGAAUGCAAAGAUGGCGACGCUGUGAAAAAUGAGGUGAAAGUUCGAUUCACUAGUCGAGUGGAGGACACCCAGCGCCCCAUGUGCGCGAACGGAAAGGGGUCUUAUGUCAUCACAGGCUGGUCUUUGAUUAGACAGCAGUUUUUAGCUCUUUUUAUCAAACGCUUCCACCAUGCCCGCAGAAGCAGGAAAGGAAUCAUUGCUCAGGUGGUGAUGCCGGCGUUCUUCGUGUGUUUGGCUCUCAUCUUUUCUCUGAUUGUUCCUCCGUUUGUGGAAUAUCCCAAUCUGGAGCUUCAGCCAUGGAUGUACGGAGCGCCACAGAACACCUUCUUUAGUUUUGAUGAUGCAGGUGUAGUUCAGGUGCAGAAGGUGACACACGCUUUGCUUAGUUCUCCUGGAUUUGGAACACGAUGCAUGAGCAGCAACCCCAUCCCUAAAUACCCCUGUAAUCCAGCGGGAGGCACUGAUUGGAUGACUCCUGCGGUAGAUCCGUCCAUCACUGAGAUCUUUAACAAGGGGAACUGGACCAUGGAGAAUCCAUCACCUGACUGCCAAUGCGGCACUCCUCAACGCAGCAUCAUGCUUCCGGACUGCCUGCCCGGAGCCGGAGGCUUACCGCCACCUAAGAGAACCCAGAACACCACGGACACACUGCAGAACCUCACUUCACGAAACAUGACUGACUUCCUGCUCAAAAACUACCAAAAGUCUGGCAAAACACGGUAUGGCGGAAUCUCUGUGGGAGGUGUGAACUCGCAGGUCAAAAUGAACGAGUCUGAGAUUUCGGCCGUGAUCACUGACCUCAAAUCAGUUUUCAACAUCUCGCAGACCAACUUGACAGAUGAACUUUUUCAAGCCCUUCAGUUGUUUCUGGUUGAAUUGGGUACAAGAGACAAUGUUAAGGUGUGGUUCUAUAACCAGGGCUGGCAUUCCCUUGUGUCGUUCCUGAACGUGGCCAGUAAUGGGAUUUUAAGAGGAAAUCUGCCUGCGGGACACAGACCAGAGGAAUACGGAAUCACCACGUUUAACCACCCAUUGAAUCUGACUAAAGAGCAGUUGUCAUUCGCGGCCAUGGCGACGACAUCUACGGACGUGGUGGUGGCGAUCUGCGUGAUCUUUGCCAUGUCCUUCAUCCCGGCCAGCUUCGUCCUCUUCCUCAUCCAGGAGCGUGUUAGUAAAGCCAAACACCUGCAGUUCGUCAGCGGGGUGAAUCCCACCGUCUACUGGCUGGCCAACUUCGCCUGGGACAUGUGUAAUUAUAUCAUCCCAUGUGUCAUUGUCAUUGUCAUCUUCCUGUGUUUCCAACAAAAAGCCUACGUCUCUCCUCCUAACCUGCCCGCCCUCAUCCUGCUGCUGGUGCUGUACGGAUGGUCCAUCACUCCGAUGAUGUAUCCUGCCUCUUUCGUGUUCAGCGUCCCCAGCACAGCGUAUGUGGUCCUUACCUGCAUUAACCUCUUCAUUGGUAUUAAUGGCAGUGUGGCCACAUUUGUCAUGGAGCUGUUCGACGACCCGAAUAUAACACGUAUCAAUGACAUAGUGAAGCAGGCUCUGCUGGUGUUUCCUCAUUUCUGCUUGGGCCGAGGGCUCAUGGACAUGGCCAAAAACCAAGCCAUUGGGACCCUCUACAAAAAUCUGGGUGAAGACCGCUUUGAAGAUCCGCUUGGUUGGGACAUGGUGGGCAAGAAUCUGUUUGCCAUGGCCAUCCAGGGAGCCGUAAUGUUCACCCUGACUCUGCUCAUUCAAUACAAGUUCUUCUGCAAGCCUUUGUCAGUAAAGGCAUCACCAACAUCUACAGCGAAAGAGGAUGAAGAUGUCGCAUGCGAGCGUGAACGUGUGCACAAGGGUGGAGCUCAGAACGACAUGCUCCGAAUUUGUGACCUCACUAAGAUGUACCGGAUGAAGCUCACUCCAGCCGUGGACAAAAUCUGUGUGGGCGUUCCUGCUGCAGAAUGUUUUGGACUGCUGGGGAUCAAUGGAGCAGGAAAAACGACAACAUUUAAAAUGCUAACCGGAGACAUCAGCCCGACAGGAGGUGACGCCUUCCUGAAUGGAAACAGCAUCCGCACUGAAAUGCAGUUGGUUCAGCAGAAUAUGGGAUAUUGUCCUCAGUUUGAUGCCAUAGACGACCUUCUGACGGGACGUGAGCACCUGGAGUUCUACGCUCGACUACGAGGUGUUCCGGAAAAAGAGGUCGCCAUGGUGGCUGAGUGGGGCAUUCAGAAGCUUGGCCUCGUGAAAUACUCAGAGAAAUCUGCUGGAACCUACAGUGGUGGGAACAAACGCAAACUGUCCACCGCCAUGGCUUUGAUUGGCUGUCCUCCUCUGGUCUUCCUCGAUGAACCCACCACAGGUAUGGACCCCAAAGCCAGGCGUUUUCUCUGGGACUGUAUCCUCAGUGUCAUCAAAGAGGGGAGGUCUGUUAUACUCACCUCACACAGUAUGGAGGAAUGUGAAGCGUUGUGCACUCGCAUGGCCAUCAUGGUGAAUGGCCAGUUUAAAUGUCUGGGCAGCAUUCAGCACCUUAAGAGCAGGUUCGGAGACGGUUAUACGGUAAUUGUGCGUGUGUGUGCGGAUCAGACCGAUCUGGGCGUGGUGGAGACGUUUAUGCGGGACACGUUUGCCAGGAGCGUUUUGAAAGAGAAGCAUCACAACACGCUGCAGUACCAGAUACCGCAGGGAGAGGGCGCUCUUGCACACAUCUUCAGCCAGCUCAACAUACACCAGCACACUCUGGGCGUAGAGGACUACUCGGUGUCCCAAACUACACUAGACCAGGUGUUUGUAAGUUUUGCACGGCAGCAGCGUGAUGAAGAGGACAGAGCAUUUGAAAAUGAUGUGGAUUUGAGUGAUGAGAUGCAAACAUCGGCCACUUGAUUCAAACCAGCAUGGGCUGCUAUAUGCACUUUAACACAUUUAUUUAUUUAUUUAGGGUAGUUUCAGAAUCUACAUGAAUGUCAACAUUAGAUUUAAUGAUUUUGUUCAAAACAACUCAUACAAGAAUAGAGCCAUCAAAAAAAACUCAGGGGUAAUUUUUAGGGAAUAUUUCAACAGAUAUUUAGACAAAGGUUAUUUUUAUGAAAGAUUUAAAUGUUUAACAUUAAAUACUCCAUAUAGAUUUAAUAUUUUUGCUAAAUUGUAAGCGAAAAAUAAGCGGUACUGUAUAAGUGAAAUGUUUGGACAAACCUUUCUUGUAGACAAAUUUAAACUGGGUAUAUGUACUAUAUGAAUUACUUCACACUACUAUUUUAAUUUAAAACAUUUAAAGGAUUGAGUUGAGGCAAACAAAUCUACAAGUGUGGUCAGCUCAUGUAAAAGUGUUUGCAAAAUCUUCCCAUGAUGCACUUCAGAAGGUCGGUUAAUAAAAUGACCAGUGUGAGCUGUGUCUAGACUUAUACUUCAGUUUAAUUAUAAUCAAUUCAUAAUAAUCAAUAUUAUUAUUCAAUUGAUGUUUUCAUCUUUCUACACAGGAAAAAAAUCUUAGCAUCACUAUUUAAUUACAUUACACCUUUAAACUAAAGAUUUGUUUGCUUUAACGGUUUUGCUUCUGAUGUAAUGCAGUACAAAACCUGAACUAUUUAAAAUCUUUUGGGUGGUAAAUAUCCACAGACUAUGUUCAUGUGGAUUGAUGUCAGAUCGUGCUCAUGAGAGUGAGGUCAUAUAUGCGUUAAGAAAUGCAGAGUAACAUUCAUACCUCACGGCAAACACAGAUCCCGGCACUUACCAGCUCUCAAUCCUGUCGUUUACUCUGCAUUUGUAUUCACUCCCAAGUCUCUGUGAAUCUGCUACUGAGAUGUUUGUUCUGCUUAUUGCUUUACGUACACAUUAAACAUAUGCACACUCUGCUGAGCCCCCCGAGUUUCA